AUGGGCUCCGGCGGCCUCCAAACCCCGAGUUGGAAGGCCAUCCGGGAUGGGCUGCGCGGGGACGGAUUCGCCAUCGUCGACAACUUCCUUGACGGCGCCGACCUCCUAGCCCUCAGGCAGGAAUGCGAGGCCGUUGUGGAAGCGACGCUCGCCAGGCUGCGGUGCCCAUACAGUAACGGAGAUCAGGUGGCAAGGGUCAGUGGGUGCAUUUUCCAACCUGUUCGGCCUGACUGCGAUGGUGUGCAUGGCCUGGGUGGUUACCUCCAGGCCAGGAAGGCAUGGCCGUGCAGCACAAGAGUGGCCGAACUGUUGCUGGGUGGGAAGAUGAGAGAGCUUGUUAAACACUGCUUGGGGACCGGAGGCUUCGUCUUCAACGACCAGUACAUUGUGAAGCCCCCAUCAUCGCAACUCACUGCCUUCAAAUGGCACCGGGACUCUGAUCAGCUGUGUGCCUCUGAGGUCGACUACCAACCUUACAUAUCAGUGUGGUGUGCGCUUGACAACAUGACUGAAGGCAAUGGCGCCCUUACGCUGCUGCCCGGGAGCGCUGUAUCCUGGCAGUCUGACGCAGCAUCAGCUCGCCCUGAAAUGGACGCACGCCUUUGCUCAAACAUGCCUGAUUCCACCGCCCUCGACCGACAGGUCGUUGCCAACAUAUCUGCGGGCUCACUGGUCGUUUUGAGCGACACUGUCCUUCACAGGAGUGGUCCAAAUCUCAGCAGCUUCAGCCGGCGAGCAUGGAUGCCCCAAUUCUCCAGCAAGCCGAUCUUGUGCAAGGCUACAGGGUGCCCCAUCGCGCAUGCCGUUCCACUCGAGGCCCUCCAAGAGCCUGGCAAUGUAAAUCAUGACAGCUGA